AGUUACCUGAGGCUCAGUGCCACAUCCACUGCUGACGUCAGCGACGGCCGCCAUGUUAGCAGCUGUGACUGAGGCGACGGGAAAGUGCGACCUGAAGCUAACUCGGUAACGAAUUACACCGUGUUCUUUAUCCAAACCGAACAUCUUUCGGAUGUUAAUAAGGGCUCGGUGACCUUUUAUGUAUCAGAUUUAAACCAAAAGACUCCAACCUCAGACAGGAGUUUGUCUGAGAAGCUGGCGUGUGUGUGCGUGUGCGUGUUUUUCUUCUUUCCUGUGUGAGGCUAACGCUAUGAGUUCGUUGACUCAGCGGAGUUCGGGCCUCGUGCAGAGACGCACCGAGGCCUCGCGCAGCGCCGCCACAGCCGCCGCCGCCGCCGACAAAGACAAGAGCUCGCGCGACGACGACGAUGAGCACCGCCGAGACGAGCAGGAAGACGACGACACCGGCGAUUCCAAAGAAACUCGUCUGACCCUCAUGGAGGAAGUGCUGCUUCUGGGCUUGAAAGACCGCGAGGGCUACACCUCAUUUUGGAAUGACUGCAUAUCCUCAGGGCUGCGUGGAUGCAUGCUCAUUGAGCUCGCCUUACGAGGAAGGCUGCAGCUGGAGGCCUGUGGCAUGAGGAGAAAAAGCCUUCUUGCCAGAAAGGUCAUUUGUAAAUCUGAUGCUCCGACUGGUGAUGUGCUCCUGGAUGAAGCUCUGAAACACAUUAAAGAGACCCAGCCUCCGGAGACCGUCCAGAGCUGGAUCGAGCUCCUUAGUGGUGAAACAUGGAACCCGCUGAAGCUCCACUACCAGCUGCGGAACGUGCGUGAACGCCUCGCCAAGAACCUGGUAGAGAAGGGCGUGCUCACCACAGAGAAGCAGAACUUCUUGCUGUUCGACAUGACGACACACCCUCUCACUAACAGCAACAUCAAGCAGCGUCUCAUCAAGAAGGUGCAAGAAGCCGUGCUGGACAAGUGGGUAAAUGACCCACAGCGCAUGGACAAGCGUCUGUUGGCCCUCAUCUUCCUGGCUCAUUCGUCCGACGUUCUGGAAAACGCGUUCGCACCUCUGCUGGACGAGCAGUACGACCUGGCCAUGAAGAGGGUGCGACAGCUGCUUGACCUCGAGCCAGAGGGCGAGAGCCUGAAGAGUAACGCCAACGAGCUACUGUGGGCCGUCGUGGCUGCCUUCACCAAAUGAGGAUACACUUGUAAAGCACUAAAAACAAACAUUUGACUGGUUCCUGAAAAAAAGGCUAAAAGGGUUGUAUCUGAAAUGAACGAUAACUCUCUACAGAGCUGUCUGUCACACACGCCACCCCAUACUCCCGUUUCCUUGCCGAUUACUUGCUUCCCUUCUAUGUUCUCUACACAGCUUUGAUCUGGCCAGAGGAAAGCAUGCCUGCCUUUUCCCUCCUUCUUUCAUUCUUAUGUUGUCCAGUUAAAUGCAUGAGGGGUAUCCUCUUUCUGGACUGUCUGAAGAUCCCACAGGAGCAAUCUGUACGAUUUGCAUAAUUGGACAAGUGGGCUUUUUUUCUCCCCUUAUUUCUCAGUACUCUGCCCUUACUGAUUAAUUCAAAUUCAAAAUUAUAGAUGAGAAAGUGAGUCUCUUCCCAUUUUAGAGCUGUGUUACUGUUCUUUUUUGAGAUUUGGAUAGAAGUGCAAACACUCAAUAUGAAUGACAUUAAAAAGAACUGGAGGGUUUGAGUCUGUGAUGUAUAUGGAAAAAGUCGAAUGGUUUCGGAUUACUAUUCUCUGCCAGACUUGGCGGUCUUGGUUCAAAUGUUGUGGAGCUCCAGUGAAACCACAAGAUUAGUAAGCACCAAAUACUCCCGUUGGGGAGCAGAUUAUCUCCAGACCUGUAUUGUUACGUCAGUGCAAUGGUAGUAAUAGCCCCGAAGUAAGGUUGGGGCUUUUUUUGUAUUGUUUUUGGGAUAAUGGAGUUUUUUUUAAGUUUGAUAAUGGAGUCAGCUCAUGGACGGUGCAGCUUCGCCAACUAUCAUAAUCCGUCAGUGUAUCUGACCAGUCAAAUGCGGAGGAAAUCCAAAGCUUGAUGAUUGUGUGUGGAUCCUCCCAGGGGAAAGAAUGAAGAAAAUAUUUAACUACAUAAAGCCCUUGCUAUUCUUUCCAAGUUGUUCCCUGGGAUCAACCUUCCCAAAUUUAUGUUGAGCAGUAGCAUAAAAUGUUUGUAAUUUUCACCGUCAUGAACUUCACCAAUACUUUGAGCGCUACCUCUCACACUUUACCCUUUAUUGUUUUAACUGCCUCUCUCUGGCUCUGUCACUUUAGCGUCGUUAUUCUACAGUUUUCUUCUAAAUACGUGAAGCCACCACUGUUAUGUGCCUAAUCUCGGUUACAGGACUUGUGACCUCCACGUUACGAUACGUACUGUAGCUAUUCCUCGACAUGACAUUCAUGAACACUGAGCGAAUCGCUUUUAAAAUCCUAGAUUUGUCCCUAAUCUUAAAUUUUAUGUGUAAGGGGAAUGUCAGGUAUUUAGGCUUCAAUUUUCUUUUCUUUCCUGUCCUUUGCUUACACUGUGUGAAGAACGGAUUCUUUGUUUCAUUUUGCUAUCAGAUAUCUACCAGCCUCUGUAGAGUACUUUUAACAGAUCACUGUCUUUAUUUAGACAGGAGCCCAAGAUUUCCACAAAAAAUCUUCACAACUACUUUAUAUUAACGUUAGUUUUUAUUGUACGGUCAGAAAGAGGGGUUUAAAUCGAGUAUGCAAGGAGAAAUUUGAUGCCAGUAUCAAUGUUCCAAGUUGGUCUAUAUAAGUUUACUACUUUUCCCCAGUUUUCAUGUUUAUGUAUUCCUCUCUUACAAACUGAUUGACAAAUAAUAAAGUAAAAACUCAAACAUUUUGAUUGAGACUCACGUUUAUGCUUUACUUUAGUCCUCGUAACUGUUAUAUUUAAUGCUAAUGUGUUUGUAUCUUUUGGUUUAAUGAUAGAGGCAGAUUGCACAGAAGCCUAACAACACAUUCCAGCUAAAUCUGUAGUGUCCGCUAGCAGGUAAUCCAGUAAGCAUCUGUAUUCGUAACCGCAUUGUACUGUAUUUUCUCUUAGUGAACAUUUUACUUUGCAUUUAAUGUUAACUGAGGAUGCCUUUGAUGAAACCCUUUUUCUGCCGAACUUCAUGUUUCAUUACCUUUUUAUUUUCUGCUCCCAAAUUAAUGUUUUUUACUCAUUUAGGAAGCAAUAAUUUUACACGCUCGCUUCUGCUUCAUUUGUUAUCCGUCGUGAUUAAUGCUUAUUUUUGCAGCUACUUCUGUACCUGUAUGUAGCGAAUACUUUUUGGGCAAAGAAAAUUUGAAAUCAUGUGUAACUUUAGAGCCCACGAUGAAGGGUCCUAUAUUGUAUACACUUUUCCUAUUACCAAAUAAAUGAAGGUAUUGGGAGUGCCUCAAUUACA